AACAAAGAAAAGCCUUAAAAGAGUAAAAGACCGAGUGCUUUAGAAUCACUCCUCUCUCUCUCUCUCUCUCUCUCUCUCUCUCUCUCUUAUUUUUCUAAGACACAAAGAGCUGAACGAACAUCACUGAGAAAGGAUAGCAACGCUUCAUCAACCAAUAACCACCCCAGUUUUCUCACCAAAUCUAACUAAACUAACCUAAUACUACUCCUCCUUCUCCUCUCUCCUCCAUGUUCUUCUCCAUUACAUUUUCUUUUCUCUCUCUAUAUUUCCACCUCUCUCCUCUUUCUCGUUUCCCCACCACCCUCCCUCCUCCCCAUGCAGCCACCCCGCCGGAAAACGCCCCUGUUAUCCACCGUAACACUCACGAUGAAGCACUCCGGCGGCAGGAAAAAAAACAAUCUAUCUCUAUUCGUGGUAGUCUUCUCCAUUUUCCUCUUCGGAUGCUUCAUGUACAACGAGGACGUGAAAUCGAUCGCGGAAUUCCCGUUUUCAAGACCCAAAGCCGAUGAAAGCAGAGAAGAACAGAGCAACCAUGUUCAAGAAACGAUCAAGAACGACGCAACGGUGAAUUCGAGAACCGUGGUGGAAACCCAAGUGGAGAUUCAGCUACCGAUAGAGGAAGAUGACGAGGAGGAGGUGGAGUUGCCGCCGGAGGAGUGCGAUUUGUACACGGGGGAGUGGGUUUUCGAUAACUCCACCCACCCGAUUUACAGAGAAGAUGAAUGCGAGUUCUUGACUGCUCAGGUGACUUGUAUGAGGAAUGGAAGAAAGGAUUCACUCUAUCAGAAUUGGAAGUGGCAGCCCAGAGAUUGCUCUUUGCCCAAGUUCAAAGCAAGAUUGUUGCUUGAGAAACUGAGGGGAAAGAGGCUAAUGUUUGUUGGGGACUCAUUGAAUCGGAACCAAUGGGAGUCUAUGGUUUGUCUGGUGCAAUCAGCGGUUCCGAAGGGCAGAAAGAGCUUGAAGAAGACUGGUUCUCUAUCUGUUGUUAGACUUGAGGAUUAUAAUGCAACGGUUGAAUUUUAUUGGGCCCCAUUUUUGGUGGAGUCAAAUUCAGACGACCCUAACAUGCACAGCAUAUUGAAUAGAAUCAUAAUGCCUGAAUCGAUCAAAAAACAUGGGAAGAACUGGAAGGGUGUGGAUUACCUCAUCUUCAACACAUACAUAUGGUGGAUGAACACUUUUGAUAUGAAAGUUUUACGAGGAUCGUUCGACAAAGGGGCCACAGAGUACGAUGAGAUCGAUCGACCGGCCGCUUAUGCAAGAGUUUUGAAGACAUGGUCUAACUGGGUGGACAAAUAUGUGAAUCCCAACCAUACCACAGUCUUCUUCAUGAGCAUGUCUCCUCUUCAUAUCAAGAGCUUGGAUUGGGAAAAUCCAGAUGGGAUCAAAUGUGCUUUAGAGACCACACCAAUUCUAAACACGUCGAUGUACCUAGACGUGGGCACAGACCGUCGACUCUUUGUGAUAGCAGAUAACGUGACCCAGUCGAUGAAAGUUCCGGUGCAUUUUCUCAACGUAACCACUCUUUCUGAGUACAGGAAAGACGCACAUACUUCAGUCUAUACAAUUCGUCAAGGGAAAAUGCUAAACGAUGAGCAGAAGGCAGACCCUGCCACGUAUGCAGACUGUAUCCAUUGGUGUCUCCCAGGCUUACCCGACGUGUGGAACGAGUUCAUAUAUACCCGUAUCAUCUCUCGAUCUUGACACGUGGACCACCCAUCAUUUUUUGUGUUUUAUCCUGCAAAUCUCUCUCAUUUUGUGUUUUUGCUGUUCCCUUUUAACCUACUGUAACCCUUCUAUUUGCAAAUGUCCUAGUUUUUUCUUUUCUUUUAUUUUUUGAAGAUUCCAAUGUUGUAGUUUGGCUAGAAUGCUUGUAGGGCCGGCCCCAUUUUUUGUUCUCCUAAUGAGCCCAAUUGGCUGAGGUGGCAGUUGAGUAAAGGUGCUGUUAUCAGCCAAUUAGGGCUAACUUUGCACAUGGAUUAUUGGACACAUCCCAAAUGAAUUGUAUAAAUAAAGUGAAAACAUACAGAAUUGUAAGUAUUACCUAAA